AUGCUGGACGGCCUGAAGAUGGAGGAGAACUUCCACAGCGCCGUCGAGACUUCGGCCUCCUUCUCGUCGCUGCUGGGCAGAGCGGUGAGCCCCAAGUCUGUCUGCGAGGGCUGUCAACGGGUCAUCUCGGACAGGUUUCUGCUGCGGCUGAACGACAGCUUCUGGCAUGAGCAGUGCGUGCAGUGCGCCUCCUGCAAAGAGCCCCUGGAGACCACCUGCUUCUACCGGGACAAGAAGCUCUACUGCAAGUAUGACUACGAGAAGCUGUUUGCUGUCAAAUGUGGGGGCUGCUUUGAGGCCAUCGCUCCCAACGAGUUUGUGAUGCGGGCCCAGAAGAGUGUGUACCACCUGAGCUGCUUCUGCUGCUGUGUCUGUGAGCGGCAGCUCCAGAAGGGUGAUGAGUUUGUCUUGAAGGAGGGGCAGCUGCUCUGCAAAGGGGACUAUGAGAAAGAGCGGGAGCUGCUCAGCCUGGUGAGCCCAGCAGCGUCAGACUCAGGCAAAAGUGAUGAUGAAGAAAGUCUUUGCAAGUCAGCCCAUGGGGCAGGGAAAGGAACUGCUGAGGAUGGCAAAGACCAUAAACGCCCCAAACGUCCCAGAACCAUCUUGACAACCCAACAAAGGAGAGCAUUCAAGGCCUCGUUUGAAGUAUCCUCCAAGCCAUGCAGGAAGGUGAGGGAGACCCUGGCUGCAGAGACAGGGCUGAGUGUCCGUGUGGUCCAGGUGUGGUUCCAGAACCAGAGAGCUAAGAUGAAGAAGUUGGCCCGGCGGCAGCAGCAACAGCAGCAAGAUCAGCAGAACACCCAGAGGCUGAGUUCCGCUCAGACAAAUGGUGGCGGGAAUGCUGGGAUGGAAGGGAUCAUGAACCCCUACACGGCUCUGCCCACCCCACAGCAGCUCCUGGCCAUCGAGCAGAGUGUCUACAGCUCAGAUCCCUUCCGACAGGGUCUCACCCCACCCCAGAUGCCUGGAGACCACAUGCACCCCUAUGGUGCCGAGCCCCUUUUCCAUGACCUGGAUAGUGACGACGCCUCCCUCAGUAACCUGGGUGACUGUUUCCUAGCAACCUCAGAAGCCGGACCCCUGCAGUCCAGAGUGGGAAACCCCAUUGAUCACCUGUACUCCAUGCAGAAUUCUUACUUCACCUCUUGAGUCUUCCCCCAGAGUUCUGUGGCUAGGCUCCCAUAUGGAACAACCACAUUAUGUGAGGGGUCGGCUGGCUUUAGGAUGGGGAGG